GUAGUACAUACAAAGUAGCGAGAUCAUUUCUAGGCCGACAUCACCGCGAAGGUUGUUAAAUCACGAAGAAGAAUGCUCGUUUAUUACUCAUUUGUUACUCGAAAUGUCGACACCCAUCUCAUCCACUCUAUCAGCGUUACCUAAUUGAUGGAUAACGCCUAAGCCUUCUCGCAUACAAGCGCUUGCGUGCAUCACGCGAUCACUUGCACGCAAUCAUCCCUUGUGCGCAUCGCCCGUCUCGUUCGCACGUCGCUUCAACCACACACAAAGACACACAUGCACACCGCCCAUGACCUGGGCCAACGAUGCGGGGCGAUGAAUCGCACGCGCCUACCGCACCGAAAGACCCCACCCUCAGUUCCCCCCAAUCCCUUCUCAAUCCGCCGUUCGUCCAAAAGGCAAGCGGGAACUUCAUUGAGCCAAAUUCUCUCAAUGAAUUUUGAUUGUGCCGCAUUUAGCUUUUCGGGAUGGUUGAGCGUUUUAUGUGCCGAACUGAACGACCCUUCCCCAUUGAAGAAAAAAAAAGAAUUGAAGUCGAUCUCGAUUUGCCCUCGAUUGGCGUCGGGGCCGAUGGUUUUUUGGUUAACAGAGUUCGAUCGGUUUGCCCUUAACGAUGUGCGGAGUGUGAAACUGUGCAAGCGAUCGGAAGGUUGCAUCCCGCUGCAAGCCUGCAAAUUGGGGACAGCAACAACCGAAACCCGGUGACAAAGUGAUGCUGUUGCAGUGCUAGUCCCUCCUUCGUGCUGGCGCCAUUUGUCGCCACCACACACACACAGAUGCGCGCACACUCAACAACAGUGAGUUAAUUAAAUCAGCGCGAAUUUCAAUUGAUCGAAUGUUUCGUUUGUUUUCGCUGUUCGUUGUUGUUGUGUUUUUAUUUUCUCUCUCUCUCUCUCUCUCCCUCUCUCUCUCUGUGUAUGUUGUUGCCGGCGCUGAUGCUUUCCAGAGUGCCCUCGGAGUCCCGCUGUGUUGUCAUAGUUGUGGUGGACGCGCCAGAUCUUACGCUGGGUGAAGCGCACACGAUCACGCUGACAUAGAACGAUCUGUGGAAACGGCUUUUUUCUGAGGCCGGGCGUUAAGAGCUGGAACCGUUUUGGGGCGUCUAAAUGUGUGUGUGUGUGUGUGUAUGUGUUUGUUUAACUGCUCCAGUUGAGCAUGCGGGAGAAGAAGGGAAGGUUAAUUUUUCGCAACAAAUUUUAGCAUCGCAACGGUAUGCGUCGCGCCACUUGUGCUCGAUCGUUCGUGGCGUGCGGUAGUGCACAGUCAGUCCUGCCGGGAAAGACUCGCUCGCUCGUUCGCUCGCUGAUCUCGCCGUGUUCGUCCAAUUCUUCUACACUCGUCCAUCAUGGUGUCUGCCGGGGAGUAUCUACGGACGCUGGUAGUGUUGGCCGCCAUCAGCUCGCUGCGAUUAGUCGGCGGUGCGCCGAUGCGUGGCAUCAGUGAUGGCGGAGGAUGUAGGCGGAGUGCAGCGACAGAACUGCCCGCGUGUAUCGGUACUUCGAUUCAGCACUUUGUCAACUUUCUGUCCAGUGGGAAGCUGUCGCCGCGCCACACAAUCACCCCGUUCGAUCCGCUGCUACUGCCCAAUAUGACCAUUGGCCAGGCUGUCUACGUGAACCGAUACCUCGUUGGGCUGAAGAAUGCUUUCAUCCAGAAUGUGAGAGUGGACAUGGAAAAGCUAGAGUUUAACGUGACCGCCCUGAUGCCCGCGCUCGAGAUGCUGGGCAUGUUCUCGAUGGAAACGGUCAACGAUCGGCAUUCGGUGACGGAUCACUCCAUCCUUACCUUCUCCAUUCGCAACACAGCGGUAACGUUUGUCGGGAAGGGCACCCUGUACACCGCAACCAGUGGGACUAGUGGCACGGCAGGCAAGUACCUACGGCUACACCUUACCAUCCCACAGAUGGUGAUCGGUGGCAGCAGUCUGGCGGACAGUGAUCGUCACCUAACGGACGCCAGCCGGACGGUUGCCGCGGCCAAGCUGAAGCGCCUGAUCGAGAAGGACCUUCGGCUGCAGCUGGCCAAGCGAAUACAGUGCGUCGCGAAUGAGGCGCUCGCGGUGACACCCUUCAUCAAACUCUUCCCCGUCUGACCGCGUGCGGUGGGUAAGAGGAGAAAAGGUCCGUGAAGGGGUUGGUGGGUGGGGGUGGCGGACACAUCAAGACUUUGCCUGUGGUUUUGCCUGUUUUAUUGUAUGUUUAAGUUGCAGCAGGGGAUGGGGAGGGUUGUGUUGUGGAUGAAAUAAAAUGUUUUAAUUGUG